UGACUUUGUAUAUACUUUGUUACAUGAUAUCGACAACACAUUUGGUGAAUGAUUAGGACGACUCCAGAGGUCUUUAUUGCCCUUAACCAAGUCUAAAUGUGGCUGGGUGCUUUGCUUCGUUUUAAGUACGAAGGCAUAAUUGAGAUCCCUCGGCUGCAGUUGUAUUGCAGAUACAAAUAUGGAAGAGAGCUUGUUAACAUUACCAAAAGAAGUAAAAGAUCCAAGAAAAUUUAGUAGUACUAGUUUGACAUGGGCUUAUUUCUUUGAAGAAGUGAAGAGGCAAUGUUACAUAGCAGGACCUAUGGUUGCCGUGAUUCUAUCCCAGAACUUGUUGCGUGUGGUUUCGAUGAUGAUGGUUGGUCACUUGGGUGAGCUUGCUCUCUCUAGCACCUCCAUUGCCAUUUCCCUCUCUGGAGUCACCGGCUUUAGUCUUUUUAUAGGAAUGGCCAGUGCACUGGAAACAAUAUGUGGGCAAGCGUAUGGAGCUAAGCAGUAUCAGAAACUUGGACUCCAAACUUACACUGCUAUAGUUUCUCUCAACUUAAUUUGUCUCCCUUUAUCUUUGUUAUGGAUAUAUAUGGAGGACCUGCUGAUUUUCAUGGGUCAAGAUCCUCUCAUUUCUCGCGAAGCUGGAAAAUUCACAAUUUGGCUCAUUCCCGCUCUAUUUGCUUAUGCAACUCUUCAACCACUCACCAGAUACUUUCAGACACAAAGUUUGAUGACUCCUAUGCUCCUAAGCUCUUGCGCUACCCUUGUGUUCCAUAUUCCUCUUUGUUGGGUUCUAGUAUUCAAGUCUGGACUGGAUGUCCUUGGAGGGGCAUUAGCAAUAAGUGUCUCAUAUUGGUUGAAUGUGAUUUUACUUGGAUUGUACAUGAAGUUUUCUUCUGCUUGUUCACAAACCAGAGCUCCAGUUUCUAAGGAAGUAUUCCAUGGAAUGAGAGAGUUCUUUUACCUUGCCAUCCCUUCUUCAGUAAUGAUAUGCAUUGAGUGGUGGUCAUUUGAGCUGCUUAUUUUGCUUUCUGGGCUUCUACCAAAUCCAGCUCUUGAAACUUCGGUUUUGUCUGUGUGUCUCCAGACCAUUUCAACACUCUAUGCAAUACCUUAUGGGUUUGGUGCUGCAGCGAGUACUAGAGUUGCAAAUGAACUGGGAGCUGGUAACUCAGAAUGUGCUCGUAUAGCUGCGCAUGUUGCAUUGUUUCUUGCAGUCACAGAGACAAGCAUAGAAACAACAACCCUCUUUGCCUUCCGGCGUUCUUUUGGUUACACAUUUACCAAUGAGAAACAAGUAGUCGAUUACGUCACAUCAAUGGCGCCUCUAGUGUGUCUGUCUCUUGUACUAGACAGCUUGCAAGGGGUCCUUACAGGUAUUGCUAGAGGAUGUGGGUGGCAGCAUAUAGGGGCUUACAUAAAUCUUGGAGCAUUUUAUCUUUGUGGAAUUCCAGUUGCUGCUAUAUUGGCUUUCUGGUUAGAGCUGAGAGGAAGAGGCCUUUGGAUUGGAAUACAAGUUGGUUCUUUGGUGCAGACCAUAACGCUUUCUUUUGUAACUAGUAGUACAAAUUGGGAAAUGCAGGCAAGUAAGGCAAGGGAGAUGGUAUUCCAGGGAGGCUCAUCAGAAGAUAUUGGAUAGUGCCACUGAUUGACACAUGCAGUCCAAAAAGUUGUUCAGAGAUUGAUUCAGCAUUAGUGCUGGGAGAGACACUUGAGCUCAACUUGCAACCGCUCGAUAAUGCUUAUUGGCAAUGAACUUCAUUAUAAGAAUGAGAGUACAUGCAGGAUGAGCUGAUGACAAUCACAAUAAGAAAAUUAGUACGGACAUGAUUAUGAAUUUAUGAUAGGACGUCCAAAUGUGUCAUCUUCACUUAGGAACCUAUUAUAAGAAUUGAUAUCGAUUUAUCCAACAGUUUGGUUUAUCCUUCUAGUUGGGCUGCCCUUUGAUCAUUUCAAAAUUGAUAAAUGGUUACUAGAGGUGUUUUUUU